GCAGGGGCGGGCCGCGCUGCCGAGAGCCGUUCGCGCGCUUGGGGCCUAGUGGGGACUGGCCGCCGCCGCCGUCGACGCCAUAUUCCCGGACCCCCUUGUGUCGCUCUCGUUCUCCGGGGCCGCCAUCCCGCGCCCGCAGUCAUGUCGGAGGGAGUGGAUUUGAUCGAUAUUUACGCCGACGAGGAGUUCAACCAGCCCAGGGCUGAGAAGAUGAAGGAAGAUGCCCCAGAAUGCCCCAGACCUUCUGAAUCAAAGUUGGAAAAGGGAUGGGGAACAAGUGUGCAAGACUCGGAGUUCAGCAAUGCAGAUCAGAUCGACCUGUAUGACGAUGUGCUGGCGGCCAGCGCCCAGCCUUCUGAUGAUCGGAGCGCCAGCGCUGAGCCACCGCCUCCCAUUCGUCAGGAGCAGUCUCCCAAGCCCAACAGCAAGUCUCCUGCCAUCCUGUACACCUACAGCGGACUGCGCAAUAAGCGGGCAGCUGUCUACGUGGGCAGCUUCUCCUGGUGGACCACCGACCAACAGCUGAUCCAGAUCAUUCGCUCUGUGGGAGUCUACGAUGUGGUGGAGCUGAAGUUCGCCGAGAACCGAGCCAACGGGCAGUCGAAAGGGUACGCUGAGGUGGUGGUGGCCUCUGAGAAUUCCGUCCACAAACUCCUGGAGCUCUUGCCUGGCAAGAUCCUCAAUGGGGAGAAAGUGGACGUGAGGCUGGCCACCCGGCAGAACCUGUCACAGUUUGAGGCGCAGGCUCGGAAACGUCCUACUUGCAAAAUCCCGCCCUGCUUUGGGCCUCAGCUGCCAGGAGUGCCGCCGCGGGCCCAUUCCCGAGAUUCCAGCGACUCCGCUGAUGGACGGGCCACACCCACUGAGAACCUUGUGCCCCCACCUCCCCGCGUGCUGCCCUACUUCAACCGUCCCCCUUCGGCUCUCCCCCUAAUGGGUCUGCCCCCACCACCCAUCCCACCCCCACCGCCUCUCUCCUCGGGCUUUGGGGUCCCGCCUCCCCCUCCUGGAAUCCACUACCAGCAUCUCAUGCCCCCUCCCCCUCGACUGCCUCCCCACCUGGCCGUGCCUCCCCCUGGGGCCAUCCCCCCCGCUCUUCACCUCAACCCAGCCUUCUUCCCCCCACCGAAUGCUGCAGUGGGUCCCCCACCAGAUGCUUAUAUCAAGGCCUCUGCGCCCUAUAACCACCACGGCAGCCGAGAGCUGGGCCCUCCGCCCUCUACUGUGAGUGAAGCUGAGUUUGAGGAGAUCAUGAACCGAAACAGAGCGAUUUCCAGCAGUGCCAUUUCCAAAGCGGUGUCUGGAGCCAGUGCAGGGGAUUACAGCGACGCCAUUGAGACUCUGCUCACAGCCAUCGCUGUCAUCAAACAGUCCCGCGUCGCCAAUGACGAGCGCUGUCGGGUCCUCAUCUCCUCCCUCAAGGACUGUCUUCAUGGCAUUGAAGCCAAGUCCUACAGCAUGGGCGCCGGCGGGAGCUCUUCCAGGAAAAGACACCGGUCUCGGGAGCGGUCACCCAGUCGGUCCCGGGAGAGCAGCCGGAGGCACCGGGACCUGCUCCACAACGAGGAUCGGCAUGAGGAUUAUUUCCAAGAAAGGAACCGGGAGCACGAGAGACACCGGGACAGAGAAAGGGACCGGCACCACUGAGAAAGGAGUCUGGAUUGGAAGUCAAUUUUUUUUUAACGGACUUGCAUCUCCUCACCUCGAUCGGGACUAAAGGACGGAGGCCGCUCCACCCUCUCCCCCUUCCCCAAGCCCCUGACUCCCUCCAGCCACCCGGGGAAUGAAUGCCCGCUGCCCUACGAGACCGAAGAGGGCCCGGCUGCCCUCCCUAGCCCCGUCUGGGGCCCCGGCCCCGCCCCUGCUUGCCUGAGGAAAGACCGAUAGACAGGGUGGGGUGGGCGGGAAUGGGGAAGCGGUAGGUAGGGAAUGUCUGGGCCCGAAGAGAAACGGUGCUCUGUCCAUGAGAGGCUGCGGGUCUCUGACUUCCCGGCUCCCCGGGAGCAGCUCGGAGGUGGCACCGACGGGGAGCCUUCCGGCGGGCGGCCAAGAGAAAGCCGAUGCUCUUAGGGAAGGGUUCGGAGAGGGGCACCAGGCUCGCGGGGGCCAACAGACAGUGAGUGAGUGAGUGUGUGAGUGAGUGCACGUCCAACUCUCCCCCUACUGCACUGCUCUGACCAAGCCUUCGGCCUCCCAGCCCCUCCUGCCCCACUGUCCCGCGUUGACGGUUCAUUGCCCCAAAUCUUCCAGAGUGACUCGUGACCCCUGCCUGCCCCUGUUGCCCUGGUGCCGCCCAGCCACCUGCGUGCGGGUCUUCCCUUGGCCCCUCAAGAACCCGUCAGGCCUCAGCGAGCUUGCCCCCGCCCCCCAAGCAGCGGGACACCCCCCCGCCACGCCACAGAUAAAAGGUUCUCUCCAGGAGGGCUCAGCAGAGUUCCCCUUCCUCCCCCUCCCCCAGUUGUUCCAACGCCUUGGCUGCUUGUCACGCAAUGCCCCCGUGCAAAUGGACAUUCUCUUAACUCCCAAGCUUCUGCCUGGCUUCUCCAAAGUCCCUUCCCCAACAGGGACUGCUUCCUUGCCGUGCGGGGGAGGCGCAUUUGAGAGGCCAAGGUUCCUCGGCCUCGGCACCGGUGGCGAACCGUGUGAUGUCCCACCGGCGGGACGGGGGACAAGAGGGGGAGGAAGUCAGGAUGGAGAGGCCCGCCCACUGGCCACCAGCCCCUACGGUGACGCCUCUCGGAGGUGUGAGGGAGCGCCCGCCUCCCUCUGUUGCCGCCCUUUCCUUUCCCUUAGUCACCCUUUUAAAAAUCAUCAGAGUUCCCACUCUGAGGCCCCCUUCGGAGUGUGAGCACUCUAAGGCAGGGUAUCCGCUCAGAUCGGGACGUUCUUACCCCGGCAAAAGGGCGAGGGAGAAACCGGGCCCCAACCUCUAUCUCCACUGUGACUCGGAACCACGGAGAACGCCAUUCGGAGAGCCCGCUCCAUUACCACGGCGCCUGGAUUGGCAUUCAGGUGCUGCCAACCAGAGAGGCUUUGCCCAGCGCAUUGGGUCUUGUUAGGAGACGGAGAAGGCGGAACUCUCGGUCUCAGCAGCCGGGGCCCAGAGAGCCUGAGGGAACGAGGGAGGCCGGAUCAGACUGUGCUCUCUUCCACCACACGUAAAUAUAUUUCUGAUACCGACCUUGGUCUGGCACUGAAUGAAUUUUCCCCCAGGGUCAGGGGGACACAUUCCCUUGGGGCAGAGGGGAAGGGGUGGCGGCUUUCUCCCCUCAUCCUCCUCCCAUUCCCACCCGACCUCCAUUUUUUCUGAGCGCGGCAGCUGCCGGCCAAGUGUUAAGUGGCGUGCUUAUCCGAGCGAGCGGCUCCGGGUGUCUUUUUAAAACGUAGAGAAAAACCAAGUGAGGUGACAGUUGUUCAAGGAAAAAAAAAAAUGUAAAAUAACCAGAAACCUGUUUGCCCGGAGAAAGUUUGUGUUUUCUUUAUCCGUUUGUUUUGUUUUUUACUUAAUGACACGAUUUUUAGUUUUAUUUCCAGAUAGUGGAAGAAGAAAAAAAAAAAGCCCUAAAAAAGCAGAAGGCCAAGGCCCCGUCCCCCUGUUGUCGGUGAUUUGAUUUGUUUGUCUCUUUCUGAUAGGUUGGAAAUUGUGUAAUAAACUUGAUGACGCUGUCAAUCUUUUA